AACACAACACAACCUUACAGAAUUUCUACAUCAUGAUAAGUGCAAAGAGGCUCAUUGAAAUGGCAAGAAAGUGGCAGAAAAUGGCUGCGGGAAAACGCAAGAGAAUUUCAUACCCAAGGCACCAUAAUCUUCAUUCUUCAGCACCAAACAAGGGUCACUUCGUCGUUUAUAGCGUCGAUCAUAAGCGAUUCGUGGUUCCCUUGAAGUACCUCACCACCAACGUCUUCAAAGAGCUUCUGAAUUGGUCUGAAGAGGAGUUCGGUUUACCAUCUAAUGGACCCAUUACGUUGCCUUGUGAUAGCAUCUUCUUGGAGUACGUAAUCUCGUUGAUUCGGGAACACGUUCCCGAAGAGGUUGAGAAGGCUUUGAUCACUUCAAUGGUUACGUGUCACCACUUGGCAUCAUCAUCAUCAUCUUCUUCUUCUUCUUCGCGUAUGAUUAUUUAUGGCUUCUGAAGCCGUUUUGAUAUAUUUGUGUAUACAAAAUUAAAAUUACAGAUAUAGAUAUUGAAGUCUUGUAGAAUCUCCAUUACUUUCUCUGAUGCUUCAGAACCAGUUUUGUAAAUUAUAUAUGAUACCGAAUCCAAGAUUUGAAGAACAAUUUCCAGAA